GCAAAAUUACAAUAAAGUUGCGAACGGAACGCAAAACCCGGCGGUUGAUCAUGAGCAUAGUGCGUGAAAAUCUAAAAUAGAUUUACUUAUUUAUUUUAUAUAUCGUGACCGGUGACGUAAUCACGAACUAUACACAAACCCCCUAAGUUAAACAUUACAGUAUUUUUAUUUAAGUGAAAAACUGUGUAGUGCCGAAAAAACACUGUAAUGUUUAAAUUCUUGUCAAAUUCUUUGAUUACUCAGGCCAGCUGUCAAGAGGUGGGGGGCUGGUUAUUUGAAACGAGCCGACACAGACAGACUUUAUGAAAUUUUCUCGAAGUAUGCAACGGUAGAGAAAAAUGGCGAAAAGCAUAUCACUAGUGAAGAUUUCGUCCGAAAGUUCCUUGGGUUAUUUGAUGAAGAUGACUACAACAAGGAAUCGGUUAAGCUCAUCGCUGGCAUCGUCGACAUGGACAAGGAUGGGUACAUAUCAUUCUCGGAGUUCCAGGCCUUCGAGGGCUUGCUGUGCGUUCCGGACGCUCUCUACAAAACAGCAUUCCAACUCUUCGACACUAACGGAAAUGGACUUGUUGCGUUUGAUGAGUUCGCGGAAGUCAUGCGUAAGACGGCGCUGCACAAAAAAUUGCCAUUCAACAUGGAAAGUACCUUCGUCCGAUUGUACUUUGGAAAGGACAAGAAACGUUUAGUAACCUACCCCGAGUUCAGUCAAUUUCUCCACGACUUCCACGAGGAGUAUGGAGUGGAGGCUUUCAAGAAGUGCGACAAGGACGGCACCGGCUUCAUCACCGCCGGCGACUUUAGGGACAUCAUGCUGAGUGUCAAGAACCACUUGCUGACCAAGGAAUUGAAGAACAAAGUUAUCAUGGCCUCGAGCUUCCUCCAGGGCGAACGUAAAAUCAGUUUUCCCUACUACAUGGCGUUCAAUUCUCUUCUCAACAACAUGGAGCUCAUCAAACGCGUGUACCUCAACGCUACGAACGGACACAGGACUUACGAAGUCACCAAGGAGGAGUUCCUGCACUCCGCGCAAAUGAUGAGUCAAAUCACACCCUUGGAAGUUGACAUACUCUUCACGCUCUGCGAUACGAUGCAUCAAACUAACGGAAGGAUCAUUUACAACGACCUCAAUGCUAUAACUCCUGAACAGUACUUCAAGCAAGUGACGCGUAGAGUUGCAGAAAUCAAAGCGGUGUCGGAGGAGGUAAAUACGAUAAGAGAACCUUUUCGAUUAAUAUACUUUUUGGAGAGCAUCUUGAGUCCCGAAGAAAGAGGCGUGCUGAUACAAAUCCUCGAGAGCACUUACAGAUUCACACUUGGUUCUAUUGCUGGUGCCGUCGGAGCAUCCGCGGUGUACCCGAUAGAUUUGGUGAAGACGCGUAUGCAGAACCAGCGGACCGGGUCGUUCAUCGGCGAGGUGGCGUACCGGAACUCGUGGGACUGCUUCAAGAAGGUGAUCCGCCACGAGGGCGUGUUCGGCCUCUACCGCGGCCUCGUGCCGCAGCUCAUCGGGGUGGCGCCGGAGAAGGCCAUCAAACUCACGAUGAAUGACUUAGUUCGAGACAAGCUAAUGGACAAGAAAGGAAACAUCACGCUCGGUGGUGAAAUACUCGCCGGUGCUUGUGCUGGAGCGUCUCAAGUAGUCUUCACAAAUCCAUUAGAGAUUGUUAAAAUUCGUCUGCAAGUGGCGGGCGAGAUCGCCGGCGGUGGUAAAGUUCGAGCUCUGUCCGUUGUCAAAGACCUCGGACUCUUCGGACUGUACAAGGGGGCGAAGGCCUGUCUGCUUCGUGACGUCCCCUUCAGUGCAAUUUACUUCCCAGCUUAUGCCCAUGUCAAGGCGAAGUUCGCGGACGAGAACGGCUACAACCACCCGCUCACGCUGCUGGCGGCCGGAGCCAUCGCCGGCGUGCCCGCCGCCUCGCUCGUCACGCCCGCCGACGUCAUCAAGACGCGCCUGCAGGUGGUGGCACGAUCAGGACAAACGACAUACAACGGUUUAAUAGAUGCUACUAGAAAGAUUUACGCUGAGGAAGGCGCCAGAGCCUUCUGGAAGGGUGCCGUAGCCCGUGUGUUCCGUUCGUCUCCUCAGUUCGCCGUUACGUUGGUGACGUAUGAAAUUUUACAGCGUCUAUUCUAUGUUGACUUCGGUGGAUCCCGCCCGACGGGAUCAGAGCUGACGAUAUCGACUCCCAUCGAGGAGACGGCCCGCAAGCCGCACCACAUCGGAGGCUACCAGGUCGCGAUGCCGGUGCUGACCGGCUUGGAGACCAAGUUCGGUAUCUCGCUACCGAGGUUCUCAUUCGUGAAGCCGCAAAACUGAAUCGAAUAAUCGACUUACGGAUUUUGGACCUAAUCGACAUAUGAGUAAGUCAGAAUUUACAAUAUAAACAAUUGUACU